AGCACCUAUAGCUCCGGGAAACAGGCAUUUUUACUCAAAAGAGAAAUAGAAGGACAAUAAUGGCACAGAAACAAGACGACGCAGAGGCAGAAGAGUACGAGGAAAUUGAGGAUGAAUCCCUGGUGCUUGUGGAGCUGACAGGAAUCAUCGACUCGGACUUUUUACGUACAGGCUCGGGACAGUGCAAGUUUGUGGGCAUCGACAGCGAGCAGCCGGUCUUACAGAUGGAUAGGUACAUCUUCGCAGGUGAAUAUGAGGACACAGUUGGCACCUGUGUAAUGUUUGAGGAGGGGAGUCUGGAUGAGGAGGAGGGAGAUACCCAGCUGGCAUACAUGUGCCACACGGCCAAGAAACUAAACAUGACAAGAUCGUUCCUCACAAGCAAAAACGAUGACACAGACGCCAUGUCGUUUCUACGGGAGGACAAUCCGUACCACCGGCGAGCGCUGAAGAUCGCCUCCUCCUGCACCUUACAUGUCAAACCUGACAAGUCUGCCAGCGAGGGGACCACAUCAGACGGGAGAGAGGUACCCAGCAGUGGUGAGAAGCCGAGGGAAGGCACUGAAGAUGUGGAGAUGAUAGAAGAUGUUGGAACUGAGAAAUUGAAACAUGUAGAAAGUCAUGUAAAAGACAGUCAUGAUACAAUAGGUGAUGAGACACAACCAGAGGAAGAAACAGUUAAUGUAGAAAAAGAGCAAGAAAAUUCCUCAGAUAGAUAAUACUAUUAUAACAUAUUUAUCAUAAUGUUAUAUGUGUGUGGAUGUGCUAGAUAAAAUCCAGUUGUCAACGUAAUGAGUGAACAAAAUCAUGUGUGUUGUUCACACAUAAACUCUCCCAUUUGUAUUCAGACAAUGCCUAUAUUGUUACAUAAAAAUGUAAAAAGUUCAUCUGUGCCAGUUACAGAAAUGAUUUUAGUCACACCAAGGAGGUUAAAGAAUGAUUAUACACCAUUACCAUAUCAAGCAUUUUUAACCCUUGGCUUAAAGAUAAAACAUAAUGCCAUUGCCAUUACAAUUACAUUGAAAAAAAAAUAUAGAAAUGUUAUCAUUGUAUGUCAAAAGAUGUCUGCAUUGACAUUUAUACGAGUAUAAAAUUCUACAGCAAAACUAGAUUGUUCAACAUUUGUAUUUGAUACAACAUCGUACAUCAAAAUCAUAUCAUAGCCCUGAUUGCACAUCAUAGCACAAGAUUGUUUAUACAUGUACAACCAAUAAAAUAACAAAACACC